AAACGAACAUUGUGAAAAUGGGGUGCAGUGCCAGAUACUGUUUAUUGACUCUAUCCUUGUGCCUAGUGACGGAACAAGCGUUCGGUGUGAGAGUGAUGCCCAAAAGGAAAAAAGAAGCGAUAAACGCAGCGGAUGAUCAAUCGACUUCAGCGUCAUGGUGGCAGGCGGGUACAGCGACACCAUUCCGGGACAGCAGCAACGGAUUCGCCUCAACUCACGGCAUCGUCCAAACCCACCCCACUGCCAACGAUCCGUUUGCGUCGUUCGGAGGAAUAGAGAGCACAAUUGGACCAUCGUCUAACCCCUUCGCUCAGACAAGCGGCAGCGGUCCGCUUAGCGGAACAUUCAGAAGCAAUCCGCUUCCACCUCUAUCGCGAAGUGCUAAUGGCAAAGCUGGACUAAAGCAUUUGGAUUUCACCAGCAGUGCAACAGCCGAGCUCCGAAGGAAUCCCGCGUUGUCUGCUCCCGAUGAGUGCGCUAGAGCCUGCAGGGAAAACGAGCCACCAAGAAUUUGCUACUACCACUUUACAUUGGAGUUUUACACUGUUCUCGGAGCGGCGUGUCAAGUAUGUACACCAAACGCAACCAACGUCGUGUGGUCACACUGCCAGUGUGUUUUGGCUGACGGAGUCGAGCGUGGUAUCUUGUCAGUGAACAGAAUGUUGCCCGGACCAUCCAUACAAGUAUGUGAAAACGAUAAAGUGGUCAUCGACGUCGAAAACCAUAUGGAGGGAAUGGAAGUAACAAUUCAUUGGCACGGUAUCUGGCAACGAGGCUCUCAAUACUAUGAUGGUGUGCCUUUUGUUACGCAGUGUCCCAUCCAACAAGGAAACACUUUCAGAUAUCAAUGGCAAGGUAAUGCUGGUACACAUUUCUGGCAUGCGCAUACUGGUCUCCAAAAAUUAGACGGUCUCUACGGCAGUAUUGUUGUGCGUCAACCGCCUUCCAAAGAUCCUAACAGCCAUCUAUACGACUACGACUUGACAACCCACGUAAUGCUCAUCAGUGAUUGGCUUCACGAAGAUGCUGCUGAAAGAUAUCCUGGUCGCUUAGCUGUUAACACUGGACAAGAUCCCGAAAACGUACUUAUCAAUGGAAAGGGACAGUUCAGAGAUCCCAAUACUGGAUUCAUGACUAAUACGCCACUUGAAGUAUUCACUAUCACUCCUGGAAGAAGAUACAGGUUCAGAAUGAUAAACGCGUUUGCUUCAGUCUGCCCAGCGCAGGUCACUUUCGAAGGCCAUAAUCUAACUGUAAUUGCCACUGACGGUGAACCCGUCCAACCCGUAAAAGUUAAUACUAUUAUCUCGUUCUCUGGUGAACGAUAUGAUUUUGUAAUCGAAGCUAACAAUAUCCCGGGCGCGUACUGGAUUCAAGUACGUGGUCUUGGAGAAUGUGGUAUUAAAAGAGCACAACAACUGGGAAUUCUUCGAUACGCUAGAGGACCAUACCAGCCAUCUACUCCUUCACCAACCUACGACGUUGGAAUACCGCAAGGAGUGGUAUUAAAUCCUCUAGAUGCGAUAUGCGAUGUUAAACGAAAUGACGCUGUGUGCGUCAGCAAUCUGAAGUCUGCAAAACCUGUGGACAAAGAUAUCCUUCAAGAACGACCUGAUGUCAAGAUCUUUCUACCGUUCCGUUUCCAUUUCUACAAGCCCAAGGAUCUAUUUAAGGAAAACACAUACAGAAACUAUUUAGUUGCUCCCGGUGGAGACCACGUGCUCAGUUUGGUUGACGAGAUCUCGUACACGGCGGCUCCAGCCCCGCCCUUGUCCCAAAUGCACGAAUUGCCACCAGAGAUAUUCUGUAAUGGAGAUAACAGACCCGAAGACUGCCCCGUUGAUUGUAGAUGCACGCAUAUGAUUGAUGUCCCUUUGAACUCCAUUGUGGAAAUUGUUCUUGUGGACGAAGUGCAAUCCCCGAAUCUGUCUCACCCAUUCCAUCUCCACGGGACGCCAUACAACGUGAUUGGUAUGGGUCGAUCUCCGGACAAGAACAUUAAGAAAAUCAACCUCAAGCAUGCUCUAGAUUUAGACAGGAAAGGCCUAUUACACAGGCAGUACAAUCUACCGCCCUUCAAAGACACGCUCGCGGUGCCUAAUAACGGAUACGUCGUAUUAAGAUUAAAGGCUGAUAAUCCAGGAUACUGGCUGUUCCACUGUCACUUCAUCUACCACAUCGUCAUCGGAAUGAACUUAAUACUGCACAUAGGAACGCAAUCUGACCUACCACCUGUGCCGCCAAACUUCCCCCGCUGUGGCCACCAUUUGCCAUCGAUAACACCCCCCUACUAUCCAAUAAUACACUAGCUACUUGCAUUUCCUCCUAGAACCGAACAAUAACUUAGUUAGGUCAUCAAAUGUACGGCGGCAUGAUUUAAACUUCAACGUCAAGUAUUGCCAUAAUUUAUUUUGUUGUUGAAUAUAGCAACAUGCGACCAACUAAUACGAGUAAAAAUGUGAACAACUACAAAUUACACCUAGAAAACCAAAGCUCCUGUUACUUUUUUCCUCCUUGUUAUGCUCUUUAUAAUUGCUCUUUAUUUUUUCUAGGCGUAGAGAAUUAGUACGUUUCAUUUUAACAGUUUCAUCUUUGUAUUAUAGUUUUGUACAUAAUAAUUAAGUGAACUCGCAUAAAUAAGUUUUAAUGCUUUAGAUAUAAUUUUGUUUUGUGUACAACCAAAAUAUCAUAAAUGCUAUAGAAUAUUAACAGACGUCAAAACAAUAUUUUAUAUUCAAACUUUCAAAUGAUACAAAGUAUUAUGAAACGGCAAAAGUAUUAACGUCUUAAAUAACAUCUUAGGUUUUUAUAUUGUAUUUAUAUUCAAAUUUCAUUUCUAUCCGAAUGUUACCCAAGAUUUUGAAAUACUAAAUAUUAGUUUUAUUUAUAUUAAGUUUAUGUAAAAUAAUUAAUGAAAUGGGUGAACAUUCGAAUAAAUAUGGAUCAUUUUACUAAUUAAUAUAUAGAUUAUAGUAUGUAAUUUUAAAGAAUAUUAUUUAUGUUUACACGAAAUUCAGCAGUGUGUAAUAUUUCGGCGUGGAAAUAUACAAAUAAGAUAUUUAUUAUUCAUUGCAUUUUAUAUGGAUAGAGAAAGUAUAUUAUUAAGACCAUCAAAUGUGUUAGAUGCGAUCCUAAUAAAUAUUUUUAAUAAUAUUUAUUACGGUCUUAAAGUCUAGCCUCACUCAUUUAAGUUCGCACCACAGUCAAAUGAUAUUAUAACAUAAUCUACUUAUUUUCACUAAAUCAUCAUUCCGAGAAAGUUAAACUAAUUUCAAUCCAAACGAGGCUAACUUCAUAAAUUAUAAAUAAUUUUAUAUUCUAUAUUAUUCAUUAGCAAAAUUCAAAUGGUCGCCUUACUCCAUGACGUGACGGUAUUGCCAUGACGCGACCUUGAAAUUUUAUUCUCAACGCGCCUAAAGAAGUUUCACUUCAUAAACUAAGAAAAAAGUUGUUCGUCUCGUUUGUAUAGAAAUUAAGUGGAAUGCGUGUUAUAUUGACACAGAGUAAUAUUUUAAACUAAAGUAUACUGCUGUGGUUGGUCCGCAUCAAAUAUAUUUAUAAUAUUAUGACAGAAAAAUCCCUUAAAACUUUUUUUAAUUAUUAUUUACUACAAUGUUCAUCUUCACCUCAAUUUUUUGUUUUUUUUUUUAAUCUUUAAAUCUGCAUAUUUUGAGUCCAUUUUACUGUUUCUAUAGUUGGUAAUAUAAUUUAUAUUUAGUUAUGUAUUAUUGUUAGAAAUAUAAUAUUAAAUAGCGUGAUAAUAAAUAAAAUUUCCACGUCGAAAAGAAUUUUUGUUACUAGUGAAUAAUAGUCAAUUUCAAUAAAAUGUAUUUUUAUUCA